AUUACACAUACUCCAUCACUAGGUCAAUUAAGUCCAGGGAAAAAAUGGGGCUACUGAAUCAAGAUUUGAAAGAGUUACUUUUCUUCUCCAUUUUCCCAUUAAUUGUCAUCAUUUUGAUGGCACUAAUCACAAGACGCGCUUCUGAUAGUGGAAAGAAGAAGAUGGUAAUACCUGGGCCAAAGGGUAUUCCCAUCCUCGGCCAUCUUCAUCUCAUGAAAAACCCAACCCACAUAACCCUUCAUCAAAUGAGCCAGAAAUACGGCGAGAUCUUCUCUCUCAGGCUGGGAGUGAAACCAGUGGUGGUGCUUUCAUCCCCAAGCACCAUCGAAGAAUGCCUAGCCAAGAACGACGUUAUUUUCGCGGACCGGAACCACACCGUCGCGGCUAAGCUGGUGAACUACAACGCCACCACCAUGUCCCUCGCGUCUUACGGCGACUACUGGAGGAACAUGAGGCGGGUUACCGCCGUCGAGAUCUUCAGCAACAAGCGGAUCGAGAUGUUUGCGACGAUUCGGCAAGAAGAAACGCGUUAUUUCUUAGCCGGGUUGCUCGAAGAGUACAACAAGCACGUUGUUGUUUCUUCUUCUUCUUCUUCUUCUUCUGCCAAUGCUUUCGUGAACUUUAAGGUGACGCCGAGGCCAAAGUUGGCAGAUCUUACGUACAAUAUCACCAUGAGAAUGAUUGGUGGUACUAAUUCUGUUGAUGAUAUUCAUGAGAAAGGGAAGCAGUUUGCUGAAGUUGUCAAAGAGGCUCUGCGCUAUCAUGGUGAUCAAAAUUUGGAAGAUUUUAUUCCGGCUUUUAGAUAUCUGGAUGUCAAUGGUUUGAAAAAGAAGAUGGUUGAUCUGAUGACGAGAAUCGAUAAAUUGCUCGAAAACUUGCUACUGAAGAAUUGUAAUAAUACCAAUAUUGCCGCAACACAAGGUGGCAGCUUGAAGGAGAAGAAGGCGUUCAUAGAUACUCUGCUGGCUUUGCAAGAAAGUGAACCAGAAUUCUUUACUCAUCAGACUAUCAAGGCUAUCAUCCUGUCUCUGAUUGGUGGUGGGAGCGAAACCACCGUAACUACCUUGGAGUGGGCAAUGUCACUUCUAUUAAACAAUCCAAAUGCAAUGCAGAAAGCAGUGGAAGAGAUAGAGAAGGUUGUUGGAAGAGAUCGAUUAUUAGAGGAUAGGGAUGUACCAAAACUCAGUUAUCUAAACAACGUCAUCAUAGAAACACUAAGGUUGUACCCACCACUUCCACUUCUCCUGCCACACAAAUCAAGAGAGGACACUCAAAUUGCAGGAUAUCAUAUACCAAAAGGCACUCUUGCAAUGUUCAGCUUAUGGACAAUCCACAGGGAUCCAAAGUUGUGGGAUGAACCAGACAAGUUCAAGCCCGAGAGAUUCGAUCAAAAGGAGGAUAUUGGUGUCGGGAAUCAAGGAUACAACCUUCUCCCGUUCGGGUUAGGAAGGCGAUCUUGCCCGGCGACAAACUCGACGAAGCGUUUACUAACGUUUGUACUUGGAGCCAUGAUCCAGGCCUUUGAGUUUAAUCUGGUUAAUGGUGUGGAAAAUGUUGAUAUGACGCCGGGUAAUGGUGUCAUUAUGGCAAAGUCAAAUCCCUUGGAAGUCUUCAUCAGGCCUCGCCAAAUUACAGUUCAAACAUUUGGUUCUGAAUAAAUUCAUCAUAUUAGAUUGUUGACGCUGUUUGUACCAAACUAAAAAUAAAUAAAUCAAAAGAGGGUGUGGCAAGUAUUCCACAA